AUGGACCAAUAUCUGAAGCAAUUCAAGAGCACUGAAUUAAUUUAACUCACCGCCUCUGGAGUCAUAGGCCUAAUCAUCUGUUUGAUGGCAUCCGCUAUUGGCAAUGCAGUACUUGUCGAAAUCAGUAUCAAUAUCGUUUUUUCAGCUGUAUUCAAUUCUCAUAUUUCCAAGUACUUCGGUAUUUGCUUCAUCAUCAUUGGAAUCCUGUUACUCAUGCGAGUUAACAAUUUACCCGAAAACAGUCAACUCCAAAAAAACAAAAAGUUCUUAUAAUAUUUUGGCAUCAUGGUACUCUCGUCUGGAAUCAUCUGCUUUUGUCUUGAAAGAGAUUGGUAACAUUUAUCUUACAAACCCUCAGGAAUAAAACCAUGGGCUACUACACCAAAAUUCCCCUCUAUGUUGUCUUGGGUGUCUCACUCAACUUUACCCUCAUUUUUGGGUUUGUCGACACCAUUAACUUUGUGAUUGGAUUCUUCCAAUAAGCCUGGCAACGAACUCUAGUAGAAACACCCAAUCAAAUCAUCAAUGCCCUCUUCAUAAGUACGCUCAUCGGAUUCAUCUAUGGAUUGUUCUUCAGCGCCAUGGACAUUGAAGUAAUACUCUCUUUGUGAUAUCUUUUAGGACAUAAGAAAUUUUAAUAAACUAGAAAGUAGACUGAUUUUUGAAGAGAAGUUAUGCAUGCCCAUUGUGGGAUUCUUGGGUCUCAUAGGAGGAGUAGCAAACGAAUAUCUGAGAAUUAGAGGAGACAAAUUUAUGCCAUACACAUUUGAAUAAGUCAAAGAUCCUUUUACAGAAGAAAUUUGA